AUGAAAACUCUUAGCAUGAAGAAAUCUUCAAUUACGAACUUUUGUCAAACAAUAAAAACGUUUUACGUGGUGGCGGAAACAAGUGAGCAUCUUUGUAUAUCUGAUCCCUUUCUUAUAUAUGAAGUCAUUGUUAUUCCAGACGACGAACCGGUCCCAGAAGGAACAGUUCUAGAAGAAGUGGUUCUCGAAGAAAUAGUUACAUAUCCUUAUACUCAUGAAGGAAUGGGUUUUACAGAAGAAGAAAGGCAAGCUCAUGCGAUGUCCGGAUGUAAAAAAUCGAGAACUUUGGGUCCUGUGAAUGACUAG